ACUGACUGCCACGACUGCAUCCUCUUGCCAAGUUGGCGCACGCCAUUUACGAGUGCACACUGCAACGGUAUCGCCCACGCUGCGAUGAUGGCCCGAUUGCAAGUUGCUUCUUUGCACCCCGAUCAAUGGCAAGGCGUGCUUUGGGCUUCGCGAGGGAAGCACAUCUCUACUUCCUGGUUUCGCAGCAAGGAGAUGCUCAAUCUGAAGUUUAGGAUCUUCUUUUUCUGCUGGGGAAAAGCAAAGGAGGUGCAUUCUUGAGGAUUAGGGGAUUCUAUUGAGUCCCGCAGCGAUUCAUUUCUGAGUCAAAAAUAGCGGAUAGCGGACAGAGAAUCAACCGGGCUGGGGCAAUACACGCAUCUCAUAGCCAUGGAGCAGAUGAAGAAGCGGCUGAUGCCGCUAGCCACAAAUGGGAGCAUGCUGCGGGCGCCUGACAUGAUGAUGGAUAGCGUGUCGGCGUCGUACAGAGUCACGGACGGGGGAACCCUAAAUCUGAUGGGCCAGUCCUGCGGCGAGUACAACAUCAAUGAGAUGGGACUGGAGAGAAAGAAGGGCUCUGAUGACACUGCAGAGGGGGGGAUCAGCCGGGACGUCUCUUACCGGUGUGCUUCGCAUGAGAUGCUGGUGUUCAACACAAUUGGGUGGGGUGCGAGCAGUACCGUACGGAAAGCAAUUCACAUCCCUCACCACAGGAUUGUGGCGCUCAAGAAAAUCAACGCGGCAGAUAGGGAUAAACGGCAGCAGCUGCUGAAAGAGAUCAAGACGCUGUGCGAGGCUCAGCACGCGACAGCCAACAACGGGCUCGUGGAGUUUUACGGGGCGUUCUACGCUCCCGACAGUGGCCAGGUCAGCAUCGCGCUCGAGUACAUGGACGGGGGAUCCCUCGCUGACAUCGUGCGCGUCGUCAAGAAGAUCCCGGAGCCUAUCUUGUCAAAGAUCACGCAAAAGGUCCUCGCGGGCCUCUCCUUCCUUCACCAGGUGCGCCACCUGGUGCACCGUGACAUCAAGCCCGCCAACCUUCUGAUCAACCUCAACGGGGAGCCCAAGAUCACCGACUUUGGCAUUAGUGCGGGGCUCGAUAAUUCUGUGGCCAUGUGCGCCACGUUUGUUGGUACGGUGACGUACAUGUCCCCUGAAAGGAUAAACAACGAGCCGUACUCGUUCCCGGCCGACAUCUGGAGCCUGGGCCUCACGCUCCUCGAGUGCGGCACCGGCAUCUUCCCCUACAACGCAACCACAGGGCCCGUCAACCUCAUGCUCCAGGUCAUGUACGAUCCGUCCCCCACACCGCCCCCCGACCAGUUCUCCCCCGAGUUUUGCGACUUUGUCGACGCCUGCCUCCGGAAAGAUGCCGACAGCAGGCCAACCGCAGAGCAGUUGCUGGCGCACCCGUUCAUCACCAAGUACCAGAUGGACGACCGCCAGCUGGCAGAGUACGUCAACAGCGUCUUCGACCCCGCACAGCGCCUCAAGGACCUCUCCGACAUGCUGACGACGCACUACUACUCGCUCUUCGACGGGAGCGAGGCCAUGUUUGGCUUCCUCAAGGACCUCUACCGGGACGAGUCCGCCCUUGUUGUGGGCGGCGAGCCGUUCACGGGUCAGCAGACGAUCUACGACGCGCACUGCGAGCUGCAGCGCCUGCUGAACAAGCCCGACGAGAAGUGGGUCCACGUCAUCAACUCGCUCGAGUGCUGCGGCUACGGCGACCGGGGCGUUAUGAUCCGGGUCACCGGGAACGUUGCCGUUGGGAGCCAGUUCACACCGGCCAACGGCACUGCUGGAACGGCCGAUAACGGGCCCGGCGGGCCGCCGCCGCUGGAGAUCCGGACCGGUCCUGUGCGUGGAUCGUUCAGCGAGUUGUUUGUGUUUGAGCCGUCCAAAGAAGUGCUGGGUUCGUUCUGGAUCUCGCGCCAGGAGACGCACUUGCAGUUGUGAGGAGAGGGGAGGGUGAGGGUGAGGGUGAGGGCAUUGAACGGAAAGGUAGUUAGGAUAGAGCAGGUUGGUUGUACACUAGGGUGAUUGACAGUCUCGAGGAGUUUAACCUCUUUUGUGGGGGUUUGGCCGUAGAACAAAGCAGCAGAGCUUCAAGGUUCUAACGUAUCUGGCCGAGAUACACCUCUCGGAUAGCUCGGAAGAUUCAAUGCGUGCUGGUAAAGGUAACUGUGUACUUGUAGACGAUAUCUUGAUGUUGCCAGCAGCUCGACGCUUCGAGCACUUUGGACUGAAGGCUUGGAAGUCUCCCGGAUAUGGGCGGUUUAGUUGCAGUUGAUGAUCUAUCUUAAGGAACAUGCAGGCGUAACUACCUGGACAUUCAACGAUCAUGUAAUCUUGCCAGGCUCAGCGUAAUAAUAAGUUCCUAACGGCCAGCUCAGCGACGACCUGACUCUGGAAAACCUGAUCAGUAGCUAUGACACACAUCGGAGCAAGUUCAGAUUUAGUCUUUCGGAGUUGUACAACCAGGGGGCC